AUGGCCGAGUGUAGGGAAGGUGAGGCUAAGCAAUGGGUUAAAAAAGAUGUGAAAGGAGUAGGGGCUGAUGAGGAGAAGAAAGGUGAAAAUGAUGCACAAACUAAAACUAAGGAGGCUACAGUAAUGGGAGGUGAUGGCAAGAAUAAAGUAGAGGUAAGAUUGGGUAAAGAAGGGGGGAAGGAUGGAGCUAUUUCCCAUCAGAAGGCAGGGGACUUGAGAGGCCGAGAGGUUGAUAGAGAAUCAUGUCAUGGGGCUAAGUUGACUGGAGCUGAAGGAGUGGGAGAGGCUGAGGAAAAUUGGGAAACACCAAAAAGAGCUCAUCUUCUCAAGGCUAAGCAAGUGGUUAGGGAGCAUGGGGAGCAUCACAAAGAAAAGAAUACUUUUGAGAUGUUGCAAAAUAAGGAGAAUGGGACACAGGGAGAUGGAGGCCUCAAUAAAGAGAAAAAGCAAGAGGCAGUGAUUAAAGUUUGUCAAAAAAAGGAAAUUGGGGUUGGAGCUUUGGUUGAAACUAAGCUGAAAAGUGAGAAGAAGAAGACUUUUGCUAGAGUGAUAGUUAUUGAAGAAACUAGCCAAUAUGUCCACUGCUAUGUGAAGUUGGCAAGUCACACAGAGGCUUUUUGUGUAACGUUUGUGUAUGGGAUGAAUGGUUUAGAGGAGCGGAAGCUGUUGUGGAAGGGCCUAGCCAAUUUGAGAUUCCCGGUUAGGCCUUGGAUACUUUUAGGUGACUUUAACUCCUUAAUUAAUUAUGGGGAUAGAGUAGGAGGGAGUAAGGAUAGAAUCCAUUCGAGGAUAGAUCAUGCUUUUAAGAACGAGGAUUGGUUGGAUCUGUUUCCUAAUUCAUCAGCCUCUUUCAGUUGGGAAAAGGUCUCAAAUCACUGUGCUAUAGUCAUAUCUUCGGCUGUAAUGGUGGAGAUAGGAGUGAAGCCGUUUAGAUUCUUUAACUAUUGGACAGAGCAUCGAGAGUUCAAAAACCUGGUUUUGGAGAGCUGGCAAAAACCGGUUUUCUCAUCUGGCUUACUAGGGAUCUGGUCUAAAUUGGCUCGACUGAACCAUGUUUUAAAGUCAUUUAAUCAUGCCAGGUUGGGCAAUGUGGAGUUGGAUUUUCAGAAGGCAAAAGAUAAGUUUCUUGAAGCCAGAUUACAAGCUCAAAGCAAUCCGGGAGUUGAAAGAUUUAUCAAGGAGGAAAAAGAUGCUGCUGAUAGUUUUCAUCUUCGAGAAAAAAUGCUGAAAAGUUUUCUUGUCCAAAGGAGUAAGGUAACUUGGCUAAACCAAGGAGAUGGUAAUAAUGCCUAUUUUUAUGCGUGUAUUAAGAAAAGAAGAGAAGAGAAUAGGAUAGCUAGCUUUGUUGAUAUUCAGGGAAAUAUUGUUGACAACUAUCCUAACGUAGUGAGGCAUUAUAUUGAUCAUUUUAAAAGCUAUAUGGGCAGCUGUAGUUUGGUUUCUAGAAAGCUUGAUAAUGAGUGUCUGGAGCUUGGCAACCGAUUGACAUUAAACCAACAGUUGAGAUUAAUUCAAUCAUUUUCUAAUAAGGAGAUCAAGGAAGAUUUGUUCAGCAUCCCCAGUUCGAAGAGUCCAGGACCUGAUGGCUACAACUCUGAAUUUUUUAAGGCCAUGUGGAAAGAAAUAGGAGGUGAAGUGUGUCUAGCGAUCAAAGAUUUCUUUAAUACGGGUAAGAUUCCAGUUCAGUUCAAUGAAACGGUAAUCUCACUCAUUCCUAAGGUGGAAAACCCCAUGAGAGCCAUACACUAUCGCCCUAUAGCUUGUUGCUCUACUUUAUACAAAUGCAUCACAAAGCUCAUGAGUAAAAGACUUGCUGAAGAUUUGAUAAAGAACUAUGGGAGGAAGAAUGUCUCUCCAAGGUGUGCUAUUAAAAUUGACCUCAAUAAAGCCUAUGAUACUGUGGAUUGGGGCUUUGUUGAGGAUUUACUUGUUGGCUUAAACUUUCCUUCCAAGUUUGUUGGUUGGAUUAUGAAGUGUCUGAGGGGUACUUCCUAUUCGAUCAUGAUGAAUGGAAGAUUGCAUGAUGAUCUUAUUCUGUUCAGCAAAGGCACUUUUUUGGCGGCUCACCAUCUGAAGAAUGCUUUGGGAAGCUUCUCUGAAGUUACAGGAUUAUUUCCCAACAAGGAUAAAUCUCUAGUGUACUUUUGGGGUGUUAAUUUGUCUGAAAAAGAGGUGAUCCUGGAAGACUUACAAUUUAGAGAGGGCUCAUUUCCUCUCAAGUAUCUUGGGGUGCCUCUUAGACCUACAAAGUGGAGACGAGAGGAUUGCGAUGCUAUCAUAAAGAAGAUAAAAAUGUGGCUGGUUACUUGGGCAACUAGGCAUUUAUCUUAUGCGGGUCGUAUUCAACUCAUUCGUUCGGUGUUGUUUGGUCUUCGUAACUAUUGGAUGAGCAUUUUCAUCCUACCGCAAAGUGUUAUUAAGGAGGUAGAGAGGCUCUGCAGAGGUUUCCUUUGGGGAGUUAAGGGAGACCGAAGUAAAAUUCAUUUGGCCUCUUGGGAUAAGGUUUGUCUUCCCAAACCUUUUGGUGGUCUUGGGUUCAAGAAUGGUGCUUCUUGGAAUCGUUCUAUUCUAGGGAAGUUUGUUUGGGCAAUCAUGGACAAGCAUGACAUUCUAUGGGUCAAAUGGGUCAACAACAUCUAUAUGAAAGGUGCUGAGUUUUGGGAAUAUGAGUUGAAGGGGGAUGUUAGUUGGUAUUGGAGGAAGAUCUGUCAUUUGAGAAGCCAUUUCAGUAAGCCUAUGGUGACAGCAGCAGUAAGGAAGGGUAAGUUUAUUGCUGCCAGAUUGUAUAUGGGAACUUUAAAGCUGAACAUAGAUAGUUAUUACAAAUCUGUUUGGUGUAAUUUUUCUCUGCCCAAGCACAAAUUCAUCUUAUGGCAGCUGGUUCAUGGACACUUGCUCACUAGAGAUAACUUCCAAAAAUUUCACAUUAUUUUAGACUCUAGUUAUUGCCCAGUUUGCGACAUUGAAGAGGAGAGCCACCAUCAUCUUUUCUUCAACUGCUGUGUAUCUAGGGAGGUUGUGAAGCAGGUCUUUGACUAG